ACAGCAGUCACCAAGCGUUACCGAGUUACAUCCAAUCUACGAAAGACAAAACUUGAACAGAAUGUCAUCAGUGUGGUUGAUGGUGUUGGUAGUUACAGCUUUUGUUGGAACCGAUGCGCUCCAUAUCACUCGUGAUGUGGCAGCUGAGCCACUCGCCACUGAGAGCUGGAAGGAAAAAGCUCUGAAGUUUCUGGAACUCUCAGAGAAAGGUAUUCCUAUAGCUGAACUAAAAUCACUCGCCCUCGACUUGAGUGACACAAUUGAUUCUUUUCUUGCAACUCAUGGUGGAAAAGUUUCUGACCAAGAAGUGAUCAAUUUGCUGAAAGAAAUAGCAGCCAAUGGACAAAUUGGAGAAACUUCUCUCGAUGUCCUCUUUGGAGCCCCAAUCAACAAUGAUGCGAACAAAAUCUCAAAGGCCUUUUUACUGUUACGGCAAUUACUGGAAAUAGAUUCAGAUCUUGAAGCUGCAGGCAAACCGACCAAUGGCGUCCUGUCAGCAAUGUCGUUCAUAUCAAGAGCAAUAGCAGCCAGCGCGGAUAACUUGGCUCAGCACAUCAAUGAACAAGGAAAACGAUUCGCACAGAGAAGAAUUGCGCCCGCAGAAGAUGUGACCGUCAUCGUAAAUCCUGACGGAACGGUGAUCAUCAUCAUUAGCUAAUAGUUUUAACAAGAAUAAAACUUUACCUUGAA